AUGUGGGUAGGACUCCUUAGUCACGUACCGGCUUGAAACGGCUGUUUUUGAUGCGUUUUUCAAAAACAGAGUUAUUUUUCACUCUCAGGACGAUUUAGAGUUGUGUAGAAUGCACUUUUAUUUUGCUUCUUCCUGAUAACCUUACUUUUGUAUCGAUUGUUUUGAAUUGCAUGAAGAAUAUAAUUGUGUAUCAGGUCGUUGAUCGUGUUUUUAUAAACUUUUUAAAUUAAGACGACAAUUUUUUGUUAUUACAGCUGUUUUACCACCUUUUUCGGUUUUAAGAGCUUUUGCAUCCCCACCAUUUUCAAUUGUACUUUCGAUUUCCCCACCCACUCCCUCACGAUAAUAAUAUGCCUUUCAAUUUUUUAUUGUUUUAAUGAAAAGCCCACCACUCGGCAAUUGGUCAGUAGGUUUGGCAACGGAUUAUUUUGUAAUUAUGAUAAUUCGACAUUUAAUUGCCGAUUUAGCAUCAAUAAGAUUUUUUUGUGAAAACUUGCUGGGACGCCAUCUUUUCGCCUGGCGGAGAAAAAAAGAAAAAAAGAGAGACGUCGAAAAAGAUGGCGGUUUCAUGAUACAGCUUUUUGUUUGCAAAUUUGCGAAUUUGUUUGUAAACAAAUGCCUACACAUUACGCUUAGUUACGAAAUAAACUUAAACUAUUUUAAACAUCUAACCUCAAACUUAUUAAGCAAGUGUGCUACCUGAAGUCUGGAAACAGCUUAAAUAGUAAUCAUAAGCAAUAAAAUAAUUGAACGUUACGAAGAAACGCCUUAAAGGAAAAUGAAAUUCGCCUUAGCUUACGAAUAAUGUCCUCGUAUUGGGUGGUUCUUUUUCAAGUUCCAUACAAUAAUAUGGCAUUAUUUGAGUUUGGAUGAAAACGAAUACUUCGUUUGUGAUCUAGUGUAAAAUAACAAUAAUAGUGUAGUGCCAGUUGUAACAUAGUUAAUAGCGCUCCAACAUGAGGAUACAUGUUAAACAAAAGUGCAUUCCAGUUGAAUAAAUUUGUUAAUUAUAUUACCUCUGUGUGCUUAACCAAUAGAAAAAAUGCCCCAAUUUGUGAAAGUUAAGCUGUUGUGAUAAAACUUAUUUGAAAAAUGUCUUCAAACCCCCCAAAGCAGCUGCCAAAAAUGUGUAAAUCGCCAAAAAGCAGUUUUCAAUCUCAAAAUAGGCUCGAAAAAAUUUCGAUCGUCAACGAAUACGAAUCUCUCAAUACCAACUGCACAGUUAUCGGCUCAAACAACUUACAUCUAAUUAAAAAACAACCACAGCCUGUUUAUACAUCAAAUCAUAGUCCUGGUUAUCCACAGUCACCUUACUCUUCACCAGUUAGCUUAAAAUCGCCAUCUCCUCAGUUAAAAUCACCACCACCACCACAACCAAAUUUUCCUGUGAUGCAAAUAAUUCACAACAAUCAUCAGUUGCUGGCCAGGCCUAUUCAGACAAGCCAAUCACAAAAUGUGAUCAAGUUGAAACCCCAUCUCAAUAUACUACCUAAACCAUCUGCUAGUCCGCAACCGUCUCCAAAACCAAGCGUAAGUCCCCAGAUUGUAAUUCCAGCUACACAGCAGGCCACUACAAUAAUGCCCACAGCCCAGCCUUUAUUACUGAAUCAAAUGCCAAUGUUAGCACCCGGCGUUCAGUUAAUUUUACGUCCGCAACCCACUAAGUUGCCUGCUCAAAUGCAAACUGCAGCUCCUCAAGGCUUCGUGCUACAACCCAGCGGCCAACCGUUAUUGCAGUUGCAAACGCCCACACGGGGUGGCCAACCAAUGGUCAGGGUGCUAACUAACGGAGUGCAACUUGCGUCACCUGCUCAAGUUGUUACCCAAGUACCACACAGUGUUGCACAGGUGACACAACAAAAUCAGCAUAUAAUUCAGAAUGUACAAACCAUGUCUGCACCUCAGCACCAACACCACCAACACCAACAGUCACCACAACAAAUUCAGCAGACUAACAGCAUUGUGGUGUCGUCUCCAAAGAAAAAACCGAAAAAGAAGAAGCAAAAGCUGGACUUGGCAAAUAUAAUGAAACUGUCAGGUAUCGGCGAUGAAGACGAUAUUCAAUUCGAGAGCGAUACUUCGCAAAGUGAGAGUGAACAUAACGCCGUUGUCUCUAAACCAGAGACGCCUCAACCCUUAAUACAAGAACAGCAACAAGUCCAAGUUCAGUCGCAACCCAAUGUAAUACAACAAACUACAACAGACAUGAAUAAACGAAUUGGUAACAUACAGAUCUCAACAAUGACGCAGCAACCAACGCUGAACACGGCUACUGCAACACCCCUGGUUCAAGUAUUCAAUCAAAGUUUCCAGAGUGGUGUGAACACUACAAGUUUUCAGUCAUCGCAGGCAGCUGCCGCGGCCACAGCACAAACCAGUAUACCUUUAAAUUCUUUUAUAGCACCUAACAUAACAAUCAAUAAUGGCCUGGUGGUGCAACGAAAUGGCGGCUUCAAACUGGCCUUUGGCGAAGAUGGGCGCCUCGUCUUACAACACGACCCCACACUUAACCAAGACUUGCAGUCACAAUUAUUAUUGCAAAGCAUUUUUGGUUUGAAUGGACUUGUGUUGCAACCUUCGAUAGAUCAGCAAGUACAUUCACAAACAGUUCAAACGAUCCAACAACAGUCUGUGCAAACCAUCCAGCAGCAAACGGUUCAGUCUCAGACGAUACAGACCGUCCAACAACAAACCGUACAACCACAAACGGUACAACAUUCGCUACAAACGAUACAGCAGACUAUCCAGCCGCAGAUACAGGCUGUUCAGCCACAAACCGUCCAACAAACUGUUCAGCAAACAAUCCAACAUCAAACGGUCCAGUCGCAACCAAUUACGGCUGCAUUACAGCAUGCGGCGCAAUCGCAACCCAUGCAAAUCGUCCAGCCGCAACCACUUCAGACCAUUCAGUCACAUAAUAUCCAGCAACAUACGCAACUACAGCAACAACAGGCGGCGCAACAACAACUGCAAUCACAAGUUCAGAGCAUCCAGUCGCAGAUUCAGUCACUCCUAGCUGCGUCUCAGUCAAUUCCGCUUCAAGCUACAAUUCAAUCACAACCGAUUUAUACACAACCGCAGAUCUCGCACUCGUCGCAAACGAUCCAGUCACAUCCAAUAAUCCAACAAAGCCCGUCCACCAUCCAAUCGCAGAUUCAGUCCCAACUUCAGGCACAACAGUUACAGUCACAAGUGCAAGCGCAGGUUCAAGCCCAAGUGCAAGCGCAGGUUCAAGCCCAAGUGCAAGCGCAGGUACAAGCUCAAGUCCAGAAACAACAGCUACAGGCUGCACAGCAACAAUUUCAAGCUCAGCAACAACAGAUAUCUCACUCGCCCCAGACGCAACAGGUCGUCCAUUCUCAGUCACAGCAGGUUCAAACUUCACAGCCGUCUCAAUCAGUUCACUCACACUCGAAUUUACAACAAACGCAACCUAUUCUAAAAGUCCAACCGUUUCAAAAAUCACAGCAACCUCCAGUACAAACAGUCCAUCCGCAACCAGUACAAACCAUUCAUCACCCACCUAUAAGUCAACAAAAUGGCACUGAAAACCCUACACAACCAUCACCAACACCACCUCCCACCUCUUACGUAGUCAACCUUACUCCUGAACAAUUGGAACAACUUAAAAGGAAUGGUCAUCUCACCGUCAAUGGUCAGACCAUUUUCAUGCAGCGGCCAAAUUCCUCAAAUAACAAGUACAUCGACGCGGGAAACCAAACGGGAGAUAACAAUAAUAAAAUGGUUAAAUUAUCACCAAAGAUUAAACCUGUUAAAAAGGUGACUAAAAUACAGUCAAAUAAUCCAAACGUUAAAAGUAUCCUGCAGGAUAACAAACAAGCCACAAACAUCGUGGACAAGCAUGUAAAUACUGUUUUCAAAGAGACAAAGUCAAGUUUGGUGAGUGCUUUGCAGUCACCACCAAAGAUUUUGCCUCAGGUUCAACCCCAGCCUGUAGUAGUUCAACCUCAACCAGCUGUAGUUCAACAGAAGUCUGUAUCACAGCCAUCAGCAAUUGUGCAGCCUUCAGUGCAGCUAACUAACAACGGUAGCAAUAGUAAUAUAAUUCAAAACAACAACAGUACUAACCAUCAGCAGCAGAAGACAACGGCGAAGAUACAAAUAUCACAAGGUUCUCAGACGCCACAAGUAGUAAACAAAAAUAAUCACGCUAUAGUAUCGGAAACGAACGCAACUAAUCAGGACGUAGAGCAUCUUCUGGGACAACUUUUGGACGAGUCUGCUACUGGAGCGCCUGUACCAGUGGUGACUAGUCAAUCGGCACCCAUGGUACAACAGCAGUCACAACCACAAACAACACAAAGAGUGCAUACUAUACAACUCACGCCUCAACAACAACAACAUCUCAAAAGCAUUCAGUUACAGAUACAGACAUUAUCUCAGAGGUUAACCCCCGGUGAUACUGAGAUGCAUAACGCCCUUAAAUUACUUUUCGCUGAACAACAGAAGAUACUUGCGUCCGGGAAACUCCUGCCGCCUGACAAAGUUAUUUACCAAAAUAAUCAACUGACCAUUAUCAAUCCAACCUCUUUAGGGAUCGUUACAACCCUUCCAAAGAGUGAGCCUUCUUUGGGAGGAGGAACUCCUCAAUCGAGUGUAUCUGUUCGAAGUUCGUGUGAUUCUAGUCCUCAUCAGGUGCAACAACAUUCUCCACGGGUGCAGCUGAUGUCAUCAUCAGGGAACAAUAGUGAUCUCAACCCUUCCCCACACACCUUGAUGCCGCCCCCAAGCACGACCCCGCCCGUUAACAAACGCUCGAUUGUCGUCAGUUCCGGUAUGCAGCUAAAGUCGCCCUCUAGCGCUAACAGUGUUAAUGAUACGCCCCCGUCGCAACAACAGAACAAAUAUUUACCCACAUUCGCCAAGGCGCAACUUUUGGAACAGCAGCUAAAUACAGACCAAAAUGGUGCUAUGAAACCAGACAUUCACACGCCGUUCAGAGAUAAGGCAGAUGCUUGUAAACGGCUAAUACGUUACCACUGUUACAAUCAGCCAGUCCUGUCGCAGAAAGAUCUCGCCAAGGCUGACGAGAUAUUUGAAUUAACUGCUAAGCAUUUUAUUGACAAAUUUGCCAAAAUGGUCGACAAGUAUAGGUACUUGCUGCUCAAGGAAAGUGCGCGUGAGGUCCAAACGUCUGAAUUGAUGAUGCUUGAUCGUAUGCUUCUGACGGAAGAACAGCAAUCGAUGAUAAAAUUACGUCAAGAACUGGAAGAAAGACCCCCUACACCCACGUUACCACCAUCUUCGAAUACCCCCAUAAAGCAACAGUGCCAACAGUACAAAACCGCCAACCCCACUGAUCAAUCGCCGGACGAAUAUGACGAGUGGGCGUGUAUUCAACGUGAGCUCGGCUGCAUACCACAAUCCCCUGCGGCUAAGGACGAAGAUAUCGCUAGUUCUCCACCACCUAAUACAGCUACACCUACCCCUCCUACUGUACGACAGCAAUCACAACAAAAUCAACAUCCACCGAAAAGGACGGCGAGUAGCGAUUCUCGCCUAGAAACAUUAAAGAAAUUUCGUGUGGACAAGCAUAGCAAACGAGGACAAGAGUGUACGAAUAUGGUGCAAGCAUCGCGGGAAACCGUAGCUCGAGCACAGGGAAUGAAAGCGCCGUGCCCUAAUGUUCAAGUCGUACCAACGUUACACGACGUCGUUGCCACAUCGAAUCAUUUGCUCCAGUCUGAACAACAUUACAUGCGCGGCGCACUUAAUCCGGGGGUUGGGAUUAAAAUGACAACUGCAAAUGCAUACGCAACGGCGACUGUAACAUCAAAUCACCAAAAUGUGAUGCGAUCAUCGAAAACCACCAACUCUAAAAAUCAUCAGGUGUAUUCGGAUGAUUUCCAGCAACAGCUGCAGCAUCAGCAGCAGCAACAACCACAAAGAUUUGUAGUGACACAACAGCAAAGAACUACAUUGGCUAACGGGAAUUUGGAUAGUGAAAAUGUUACAUUUGGCUCGCGUGCAUUCCACCAUCAUCACCAUACGGCGUAUCCGGUGUUCGGUAGUAGUCAUCAUCAGCAUACUCAGCAAAUCGUCCAACAGCAACAGCAGCAGCAACAACAACAGCAAAAUCAGACGAUGCUAAUGAACCACAGUGUUAGUAGUGUUGUACAUAGUGUAAAUAGUUCGCAUCACCACGUUAUUCAUCACCACCAUCACCAACAGCAGCAACAACAGGUGCUGCAUCAGCAUGGUGUCCAGCAGAAUAAUAGCAGCAGUAGCGAGACGGAUAGCGGUAAUAAUAGUAUCGACGAACAAGUGCAGUCUGCUAUCGACUCGAUACUAAAUCUGCAACAAAAUUCUAAUCUGGACCUGGACGAGGCUGUCUCGUCCAUACUUUCAUGACGUUACUUGUAAUGCCCGUAGGUUUAUUGUCGUUUAUUUUGUCGUUAAUUAUUUGGUCGAUCGGUUGUUCAAUUAUAUCAAUGUUUACUGUACUUUUCGGAAAAAUGGCGAUAUUGCUUGUUUUUUGGGGCGCAGUAAAUAAUAAAAAGUGGCAAACUACAACGAUUAGGAAAGAAUUAUUUAGCGUAAAUAUAAAGUAAGUUACGACGAUGCUUAAUUCUCGCAAAUGUGAAUUUAUGGUACAAAUCAGAAUUUUUGAAAAGCGAUUAAUAAUCGAGACUGUAAACAUGAAAUUGACUGAAAAUUGUAUUUUUAAUUGUUUUAGAAAAGCACUUUAAAUAAUUCUAAAUUUUUAACUUUAGUCCGUAUAAAACUAUAACGGAUUAUUUAUUACAAAAUUACAUUGAUGCAUUUUUUUUUAAAUAUUAAUUAACAAUUACAAAUUACUAUUUUUAGUUAAGUAAUAAUUUAUAAAAGGAAUUGUUUCAACUAAACGAGAAAUAUUUUUGUAAGAUAUAAUUGAUAGGUAGGUUUUUUAAAUUUUAUGGAAUUCGGUUUUUAAGAGUAGCGAGUAGUUGAAUACAUACUGUAAAUUUAACCCCCAUAAAACUACGGGUACAAUUCAAUCUAUAUCCUAAACUGUUUAGUAAUAAUAAUCUCUUUUGUAUUUGUUAAAAAAACACACCUUUUCAUUUUAAUUUAGCAAAUAUUUGGACAUAUCGAUCGACCUGUUAUUUUGCUCAAUCAAAAGAGUACAUCACACCUUCGUUUCCCGCGUAAAACGUUACCUAACGGGAAACACUGGUUCGCUUUCGUUUGUGAUAUUUAUUGUUAUUUAUUAUUGGAUUUAAAAUAAAAAGCGACAGGACCGGAUCGCGAGCAUUGCCAUAACGUUGUUAAUCUCGUAUCGUACCCAGCCGGCACUGGAGAAACAAUACUAUAAUUAUAACAAUUUUUUAAGCUUAAGUUUUUUUGAUUGACCUUUCAUGAGGUUUUUCUUGCAUUUGCUGUUAAGUAUUAUUGUGAUAAAUGAUUGAAAUAUGAUAUCGUAAAAAAAUAUGAAAAAAUCCAGCGCCUGAUUAGCUACUGUCGUUACUAAUUAAAUUAAUAUUAAGGGUCUCGAUAAUUUGUAAUAAUUGUUAAGUACGCUAAAACUUUAACUUAUUUAUGAUUUUUAUCAUUAUGUAAUUUAUUUCUAAAAAAAUGCAUCUUUUUGAAUGUGUAUGAUGUUUUGCAAACGACCCUUUCAUUAAUAUCAAAUUUUAUCAUGAGUUCGUUUACUUACAAUUGAACGUUUUUGCAAAAUGCUCGACAUCUUUGAAAAGUGCAUUGAAAACCUGUGUUUCUUAUAGUGAUAAUAAGCAGCUGUCUGUCUAUGUAAAAAAAGACGUUCACUCUCCACUCUUUUUAAGAAUGUAAAUAUAUAAAGUGUUAGUGAUGGUAAGUGAUAAAAAAAGCACUUAAUGAAGAGCCAGUGUAAACCGUUAUGUAUCCCUUUUUUAGUUGUAAAAAGUUUGUUAUUUAUGUGUACUUAUAUGGUUUUAAUUAAUCGUCACCUACAACUUUUUUUUAAUUAUUAAGACUGACGUUCAGAAAUUUUAGUUCCUACAUGGAAGAGUAUUUCAAAUAAAAACCAUUGUUUUAUCAU